UGAAGAUGCCAACCUUGCCGCUGCUGUUCCUCAGCCUUGGGCUGGGCCUGGCCAGGGCCCAGCAGGACGAGAGCCAGGUGCCCGCACAGCCUGGCUUCCAUCCUAAGCAGGUGGAGGGCUUCUGGUAUACCAGGCAGCUGGGCUCCACUGACCGCUCAGUCAUCGAGGAGGGCGGCUCCUACCGCUGCUACAUGUCCAGCAUCCGGGUCCUGGACAACGGCAAUGUGAACGUCACCUACUUCCACAGACAGAACGGCAGGUGUGUGGAGGACUUCUACAUGGGGGAGCCCACGGGCAGCCCAGGCCGCUACACCUUCCAGUAUGAAGGCCUCAACUACCUCACCUUCGUGGCCGUCGGGGACGACUUCGUGGUCAUAGACUUGGAGAACCACAAGGACAGUGGCCAGCUCAUUGUGGCCGAGCUGCACAGUCGGACUCCCCUGGCCAGUGAGCUGGGGCAGCAGGCCUACGACGGGCACACGCACCGCCGGGGCAUCCAGCCUGGGGACAUAGUGGACCUCACUGCUGACCCGGCAAGGUGCAGCGCCUCCAGCCCAUAGGUGAGU